GUAGCACAGAGACACACACUUCACUUUCAGCACAAGCAAAGCAGCCAGCCAUAGCCAAAUCGCUAAAACAACGCAACACAACAGAACAAACUACAACCACCACCAUCACCACCGUGAACCUCCAUGCCUCACCGGCGGUCAUCCUCGUCGUCUCCCUUUCUGAGUCCACCUCUGCUUAUUAUUAUCUUACCCAUUAUCAUCCUUCUCUUUCUCUUCCUCGCACUUCCUCCUUUUCUCUCCUUUACCUCAAGCCUCCUUCGACCUACUUCCGUCAGGAAAAGCUGGGACUCCAUCAAUAUUCUGUUUGUGCUUUUCGCGAUUCUUUGUGGCGUUUUUGCCAAGAGGAACGAUGAGGAUUCGGCGUCGUCGGAAGAGGUGGAAACUGUGAGGGUCAGGGCGGUAGGGUAUGAGAAAACUGUGGAACAGGAAGAUGGGCCUGUUUCUCGGCAUUGGUAUGGGUUCCCGGAGAAUAAGAUUUAUGAUUCACCUCCGAUCAUCCGAUUGCAGUCUCCGAUGGCUGGAGUUUCCCGGCUGAGGAGAAGCAGUAGCUCUUAUCCCGAUCUCCGGCAGGAGUCGUUGUGGGAAACUGAGAGUGAUAGGCAUCGGUAUCGUUUCUUUGAUGAUUUUGAAAUCGACAGAUUUCGAUUGCCGGAGAGGGAGCAGAUUCCGGUGGGCAUCCGCAUGCGGCCGGAAAAUGUUGAGGAGAAGGUUGGAGAAGAGGCUGAUGUGAAGGAAAUUCAGGUUGAUACCUUCGAAAUUCGCAGUUCGUCGCCGCAGCCACCUCAACCGGCUCCGAAGUCACCGACGCCUCCCCCGACUCCUCCGCCGCCGCCUCCACCUCAUCCGCCAGCUACUGCUCGGCCCAAAUCUAGGCGAACAUAUCAGAGAGUCCCGCGCAAGAAAAAGGUGGAACAUGUGAAGGUCGAUGAUAAUGAUAUCACGAGGAAUCCUUCUCCGCCACGACCACCUCCUCCCCCGCCCCCGCCUCCGGCACCGUCGUUCCAAACAGAAUGGGAGCAUAAACGUGGAAGGAAUCAGCGUAGGAAGAGUAAUGUGAAGAGGGAAAUAGCAAUGGUGUGGGCUUCACUAUCCAAUCAGAAAAAGAGGAAGAGAAAGCAGAGAACAACAAAGGUCGACCAUAUUCACAGUGAAGACAACCUCAGUGCGAAACAGCCUCCGCCGCCUCCCCCUCCUCCUCCUCCGCCGUCAGUUUUCCACAGUUGGUUCAAGAAGGGAGGAGGCAAGAAUAAGAAAAUUCAUUCUGUCUCAAAGCCUCCACCCCCUGCUCCCCCACCUCCACCGCCAUUGACAUCUUCGAAGCGAUGGUCAUUUCGAAAGCCCAAGAUCCCGCCGCCACCCCCACCGCCUCCUCCUCCAGCAGCUGAACCCCUCCGGCGUCGAAACUCCGGUAGGCCGCCAUUGCCCACGAGAACAAGCACCUUCCACAACGAGACAUUACUAAACAGCGGCAAUCAAUCACCACUGAUCCCGAUCCCUCCACCGCCUCCGCCACCGUUUAAGAUUCCGGAGAUGAAGUUCACCGUUCGCGGGGAUUUUGUGAGGAUACGCAGCACUAACAGCUCGCGGUGCGGCUCACCCGAACCCGAAGAAGACCCAGAUGACCCGAAACCCAAGGACGACCCGCCUGAAAUGGAAAUUGGUGGGACCACUUCCUGUCCAAGCCCUGACGUGAACGUGAAAGCUUCGACCUUCAUUGCGAGGCUGAGAGGGGAAUGGAAACUGGAGAAGAUAAACUCAAUGAAAGAGAAGCAGAAUUUGGGCCUUUACGGCCCAGGCCCAAUGAGAGGGCCCAGCUGAAGUUGGCACUGAGAAAAUAUGACUGAAAUGGGAGGGAUCACCUCUAUUUCUGCGAUCCAUCUCCUUCCACGAAUGGGUUUAAUUAAUUUGUGUGUGGGU